UGCAGAGUUUCCAGCUACCUGUUCCAGCGCUUGGGGCCACCCAUGUGCUCCUGAAGAUCACCGGAAGAGGAGGCUUGUGUGGGUCAAAGAACUCCUACUGUAACCAAGCUAUCAGCCCAGUCAACAAAGGAGCCUUUCAUCACAUCGCCUGCUCACUGUUUGAUCUUCCAAGGGCUGAAUUUCCUUUGGAGAUCUCAAAGGAAAAUUCCCCUGCCCUUUCUGUGCACUUUACCAUAUCAGUGCACUGAAUUAACCUGGAUGAGAAACUGGUUUACAUAAGCGCGGGCCUCCCCAUGCUGUCAUGGCUCUGCCUCCCCCUCCAUCACGCAGCCUCACUGGUUUCAGUUGCCCCCGAUUAGACGCAAUGGCUUAUCCUCUCGUUAACUCGUGGGGAUCGAUUUCCAGCACGGCAUGCAAGGGGGAUUUAGCCCAAUGGCUUCCGAUGAUGGCGGUGGUUUUAUCCCCAAAGAUUGUGCUGAAAAGCUCACCCUAGCCCCUGCUCGAAGAUGCUGUCUGGGAAGGUGGAGAAGAGGAUUGCUUCCUCCGUAUACAUUACCCUGGCUCCUCCCAGGAGGGACACGGUCAUCAAGGGAGAUGUAAAGCCAGAUGUGCGUCAGCUGAGCUCAGACCACCCAAAGGAGGCUAUGAAAUCUGAUGGGACCCACCAGCCCCAAGCGUCACCACCAAAGAAACUGGCCAACAGCAGCCGCCAGGCCAGCAAGCAGAGCAGCAGGACGCUGGGCAGUGCUGGGCCCUCCUCUGGAGCGGUGGGCUUGUCCAACGGAGGUUUCUCCUCCUUUCCUCGUCCUGUCCUGACCGACGUUCCCACAGGCUCAGACCCAGAGAGCCCCUUGCCGUCUCCUCCAUCAUAUCUUCUGUCCGAUGAACUUAACGCCCUGUCGGUGGAGACGCUUUAUCCUGAUCUGCAGAAGCUGCACGUGAGCUCACCUGUGAGCCGGCAGGCCUCCUCCACGUUCCCAGCGGAACUGAGGCAGCAUAAAAUCCAGCCGACCAGUCUGGAGCAAGUGGAUGAGCGCCAGGCCCCGAAACAGAACGGGAAUGGGCACCUGGAAAGAGACAUUUCCACAGUCUGUGCCUUUUGCCACAAGGCCAUUGCCCCCCGGACCCCGACCAUAGAAGCCAUGAACAAACAGUACCACGCGGACUGCUUCACGUGCCGGACGUGCCACGGCCGGCUAGCGGGGCAGCGCUACUACCAGAAAGAGGGUCGGCCAAUGUGUAACUCUUGCUACAAGGACACACUGGAGAAAUGCGCCAAGUGCCAAGGUCUGAUCCUGGAGCACAUCGUCCGCGCCUUGGGGAACGGGUACCACCCUGAGUGUUUCAUGUGCUCUGUGUGUGGCCGGAGCAUCAGGGACGAGAGCUUUGCCGUGAAUGACCAGAACGAGGUGCACUGUGUGGAUGAUUUCUACAGGAAGUACGCCUCCAUCUGCAGUGUCUGUGAGACACCCAUCAUCCCACAGGAAGGGAAAGAUGCCUACAGGAUAGAAUGCAUGGGGCGAAGCUUCCACGAAAGCUGCUAUUGCUGUGAGAACUGCAGGAUUCCCCUGUCCACCGAGCCAGAGGAGAACGGCUGCUACCCCUUGGGCAGCCACGUCCUCUGCAAGCCCUGUCACAUCAAACAGAAGAACGAAUCGUUCUGCUGAGAGAGCCAGGCGGGCUUCCCCAGAAAACGGUGGAUGCAGUCGCAUGGCUGAGAUGAGCCGAAUCUCUGUACUACGGCAACAGUAUUCUUAUCCUCUACAUUCAUUAAUGUCCAACUUUCUGUCCUGACUGUCUCCCUUAUGGUAGGACCAUAUUAGUAUCUCUGAGCUUUAGCAGCAAGGUCCUACCACGCGUGCUUCCUAAUCAGCCAUGCCACCAGCCCUGAGAGGUGGCAGUGGAAGGUUCUUCUUAUCUCUUUCCCUCCAGUCUGGCUGUGCUUAUCUUCCAAGGCUACGCCAGCUGGCUUCCUCUGCCCUCAAAUGGCUCAGUGCCUGUGAUGAGGGACACACCCCGGCAAACCAGCAGCUGCUGAUGGGACGAGUGAGAUUGAUUAAAAUGAUAUUUCAAAGCAG